AUGAGUAGCAUAAACGACUCAAAGAAAAAAAACGCUUCAAGUGAAAGGCAGAGUAGCGCUAAGAAGGGAAAUGACACGAAAAGCGGCAGUAAGAAAUCGUCCGGGGGGACGGGGUCAUGCGAAGCGAAGGAUAAGUGGAAUCUCCCCGCGAGGGCUCAAGUAGUGCAAGUCGCAGCAAUUCCUGCGGAGGGAGAAGCGGAAAUGGCAACACGGGCGGAGGUCCAAAAGGACGCAAAGGGAAACGCAAAGGAUGUGAAGGGAAACUCUAAAGCGCUGAGGACAAUCGCAAAAGACGGGAAGGAAGCUCCUAAAAACAAAAAACUAGAAAGUAAAGACACAAGGCUAAACGCUAAGGACUCAAAGGAAAAUGCGAAGGACGCAAAGAUAAACGCGAAAAACAGGGGCACACCAAAAUCUAGCACCAUUCAUAACGCAAAACAAAAAUCAUCGGGUUCCUCGCCUGGAAAGAAUGCCCCUAUAAAAUUAUCGCCCCCAAAAAAGAACGACUCAAGGGAAGUAGCAAGUGCAGAAUCCACCUCCGUCACAGCAUCACACUAUUCUGCACAUGCACACGUGAAUCAAAAGGAAACGGAAAAAAUUAAGUUGAAUCGAGAUGAAAAAAAAGUUUCGGAGAAGAGGGAAAAACACACCAACAAAACUGGACGAGAAGAAAGUUGUAAAGCAAGAAAUGAGGAGCAUCAGUCAAAUAAGCAAAAAGGGAGCAGCAUAAAAAAAAAAAAAUUAAACUGCACAGUUAUUAAUGAAAUCCAAGUGAAGAAUAAUAUAUAUAUCUGCAAAUUUAAAAACAAGCUAAAUAAAGUUCGCAAAUACUUUUUCCCCAUAUAUAAGUACGGCGAAGCUUCCAUAGCACGAAACAAGGCCGUGCUACUGAAGAUUCACCUGCACACAUGCAUAUACUGCCAAAACGGGGUUCUAUGCAACUUCGUUGAAAAUUACACGUUGUAG